GUUGCUGCUGUCUCUCCCCUCAACUUUCCUCCCCCGUCUUUCGGUCUCCUUCUGUGCGCACCUGCUGCUUCUGCUGCUGCUGCAUCUUUCACCAUGGCCGACUUUGUUGAUCCCAGGAUGACGAGCGUCAAGCCUCGCAUCCGUUACAACACCAUCGGAGGUAUCAACGGCCCACUGGUCGUUCUUGAUAACGUCAAAUUCCCCCGUUACAAUGAAAUCGUGUCCCUCACUCUCCCCGAUGGAACCGAGCGGUCGGGUCAGGUCCUCGAAGCUCGCGGAAACAGGGCGGUCGUUCAGGUCUUUGAAGGAACUCCGGGUAUCGAUGUCAAGAGGACGAAAGUCGAGUUCACCGGUCACAGCUUGAAGCUGGGUGUGUCCGAAGACAUGCUGGGUCGUGUCUUCGACGGUUCCGGUCGCGCAAUCGACAAGGGUCCCAAGGUCCUGGCGGAGGAUUACCUGGAUAUUAACGGUCAACCUAUCAACCCCUACUCUCGUGUGUACCCUGAGGAGAUGAUCUCCACCGGUAUCUCUGCCAUCGAUACCAUGAACUCCAUUGCUCGUGGACAGAAGAUCCCCAUCUUCUCUGCUGCCGGUCUCCCUCACAACGAAAUCGCCGCUCAGAUCUGUCGUCAGGCUGGUCUGGUGAAGCGCCCUACCAAGGACGUCCACGACGGACACGAGGAGAACUUCUCCAUCGUCUUCGCUGCCAUGGGUGUGAACAUGGAAACGGCCCGUUUCUUCACUCGCGACUUUGAGGAGAACGGCAGUAUGGAGCGUGUCACGCUGUUCCUGAACUUGGCCAACGACCCUACGAUCGAACGUAUCAUUACCCCCCGUCUUGCCUUGACGACCGCCGAGUACUACGCUUACCAGCUGGAGAAGCACGUCCUGGUCAUCAUGACUGAUCUGUCCGCCUACUGUGACGCUCUUCGUGAGGUCUCGGCUGCCCGUGAAGAAGUGCCGGGUCGUCGUGGUUACCCCGGUUACAUGUACACUGACUUGUCGACCAUUUACGAGCGUGCUGGACGUGUGGAGGGCCGUAACGGAUCUAUCACCCAGAUUCCCAUUCUGACCAUGCCCAACGAUGAUAUCACUCACCCCAUUCCCGAUCUGACGGGUUAUAUUACGGAGGGACAGAUCUUCAUCGACCGUCAGCUGCACAACAAGGGUGUCUACCCCCCGAUUAACGUGCUUCCUUCCCUGUCUCGUCUGAUGAAGUCUGCCAUUGGUACUGGACGUACUCGUAAGGAUCACUCUGAAGUGUCCAACCAGCUGUACGCCAAGUACGCCAUUGGACGUGAUGCCGCCGCCAUGAAAGCUGUCGUUGGUGAGGAGGCUCUGUCUUCCGAGGACAAGCUGUCCCUGGAGUUCCUCGACAAGUUCGAGCGCACCUUCAUCAGCCAGUCGCCGUACGAGUCACGCAGCAUCUUCGAGUCGCUGGACAUUGCCUGGAACCUGCUGCGCAUCUACCCCAAGGAUCUGCUCAACCGUAUCCCCAAGCGGGUGCUGGACGAGUUCUAUGCGCGGUCGGCGCGCAAGAUUGCCAACAAGGACACCCGGGACAAUACUGUUUCGGAGCAGACCCAGGGCGAGACGGCCGAUCUGAUCGAGACAUAAGCUGUAGAUGCCGAGUAUUUGGGUUUAGUCAUGUUCAACCGAGUGAGCCAGCAACUUAUUUCCUGUGGUUAUUGCCAGAUGCAUAUACAGUCCGUAGUUGUAUAUCUAUGAAUCUUCUCUUAUUCUGACAUUAUAAGCAUAAUUCAACC